UCAAGUGAAGCGGGCCAAGGAGCCGCUGCAUCAACAGGAUCUUCGGGAAAAGGACCUGCCGCAGACGUUAGCCACAUCAAUGGCCUCGCCCAUCAUAGUCAGCCGUGGCAUAUAGUUCCGCCCCAGCAUUAUCCACUAAUCUCUAUCAACAGCCACUGCCAGCGGGCCGCUCCUCCGGCUCCAACUCCAGGUUAAGUCUGUUGGAGAGCUUAGUCUGCAUGACUGCCGAUCCCAUAUCGUUGUGCUUUUGGAUUUGUUUGCAGCCCGACCGCUAUGUCCCCGGCUCCCCCAUCUUCCGCGAGACCAGCAGCCCAACGCCCCACCCCGCCCUCGCGGGGCCUAUAACAUCGCCGCCCACUUCAGCCUCCUCCUCCGCCUCCACCAGCACCGCCGCCGAUAGCACCGCCAGCAGCACCAUCACCGCACCAGGAGCAGGACCAGGAGGAACUUCAACUACCAGGAGCCGAGGAGCCAGAGCCAUGACGGCGUCUCUGGCUCAUGCCGCACAGGGUAACCACAAUAACAAUAGCAGCACCAGAAGCACAUCCAACUCCAGCUCCAACACCGGAAAGUCCAAGCCACCGGCUGGCUAUAUGAGCACCCGAUCGGCGGCGAUGAUGGCCUUGGCAUUGGGACAAACCUCGGGUGGAAGGAGCGACAAGACACCGCAAGCUCCUCGAGCCGCAUCACCCGCCCAGUCGCAAUCCCAAUCCCAGUCCCAAUCGCAGUCACCCCAUCCCGGUGCUACCAGAAGGCUUUCGAAUGCCUCUUCCCUACCCAGCAAUGUGUCCAGAUCCAAGCCGUCAACUCCGACGGCAACCAGGGCGGCAGCACAGCUAAACGGUUCCAGUCUCUUCUCCGGCGGCAGCAACUCCAGCGGCUCCGACAACGAUGGAUUCAGUGCGUCUGGCUCCUCGGCUGCCACUGCUCUGCGUCGCUUAUAUUUCAAGAGCGGACGCAGCAUCAAGAACAAGAUCAAUGCCUCGACCACGUCGUCGACUCCUCUGAAUGGACUACCUCUAAAUCCGGUGUCCAGUGCCUAUCACAACUCCGUUGGUGGACCCAUGCACAAUAUGACGACUGCAGGUGGAGUGCCAAAGUUGGUGGUGAUGGGCACCUCAUCAGCCUCGAUUCCGGACACCACCAUUAACACGUCCACUGACUCGGCCUGCACGCUCAUCACGAAUGUGACCCACACGGAUACCUCGGAGACGUGCGACUCCCUGGACAUGGGUGACAACUCGGGUCCCAGCGAGCCGCUCUUCAGUUCGCUGGAGGAACCACUGCUCACCGCCGUCCACAUCGAUUCGGAGCACGAGGGAUUCGGCGGCAUGGGUGGCGGCAGAGGAGGCGCCAAUGGACGCGGCGCCACUGAACUGGAACUAACGAGCUGUUCGAGGUAUCCGCCCAGGCCCGACAUGAAUCUCCAGGACAGCGUCGAGAGCCAGGAGUCCUGCUUGUCCAUCCUGACCGGCGAGCCGUCCUCCACCACGCCACUUCUAUCCUCGCAGCGACGCCACCCGACGGGCGGUCACUCGCCGGGUAGCCAGCGACAGGAGGAGCGCCGGGAACGCAAGGAGCGGGAGCCCAGUACGGCUCCGCCGCCCACUCGAGUACGGGAGCACUUUACCUUCGAUCCCCCGCAGUCACCGAAGUCGGCGCGCAGCAGCGAAAAGUCCACUAGUCACUUUUCCUUCAAGAACUAUGGUAAUGAGUCGGCCAAAGAUGCCGGAGUGGGCUCGGGAAAAGGAACAGGAUCUGUAGUGGGAGGAGGAGGAGGAUCUGGAUCCGGUGUUGGAGGAAAUGGAGUUAUGGCCGCCAGUGAAGGCGAUGAAGAGGAUGACGAGCGCAGCGGCGACAGUAUUGGCAAUCGCAGCAAGAAGCUUAGGCCCCGGGAGCGUGAUACCAACCACAUCUCGCCCAGCGUGUCGCCCUCGCACAGUCGCCGGGCCAGUCCUAAGCGGGAGAAGCGGAGGACCAUGCCCAUUGCCUCCACGGGCGCCAUAUCCAAGGUUAGCUCGGCACCGCCCACCAUGAAGGAUGCGAAUUUUUUCGGCAGUUCCGGGAAACAAAAACAGCGACAAUCGCAGAACAUUCCGCCGCACCAACUAUCGCCAUCGUCGCAGCAGCGAAAGUACUCCUCCAGUUCCUCGAGUGGCAGCAGCGAACGAUGCUUACGGGAAGCCACCGGUCCUGGAACUAUGUUCCCCUUCGAUCGUGAGGCUCUGGACUACGAGCGCAUCCAACGGGAAUGCUUUGCUCCGAGCUCCACGACGGCCAGCAACAGCAGUGAUUCGGAGGCGGAAAACUGUUCCGUGUAUGAGCGAAAAUCCGGAGCAGACAUCUUUCAACAAUACUCGCGAUUGAGCCACCAAGAGCAACUGCAGCAGCAUUACCAGGAGCAGCGCGACUGGGAGCGGGACCGACCGCCAUCGCGCAAGAACUCUAAGCGCAUCCGGCCGGAUUCAGUGAUCCACACAACCAUCCGGGAGAACCAGCAGUAUGUGCCGCAGUCGGAUGCCUUUUAUCCCCAGGCCAAGUCCUCCUCCUCGCCCAGCGAUCACUCCUACGCCGAGCUAAACAAGUUCGAGGACAUUGCUAGCAAGUUUGAGCAGAUCCCGCCCAAGCAUGGCUCCGUAUCCGGAUCCGGAUCCGGUUCCCUGUUAAACCUUCAUCACAAGAUGCCCAGUCCGGGCAGCGAGUCCGCCGUCAGUCCCACGGACUCCACUCGCCGGAGAUCCUUCAAGAACAAGCAGCGCCAUCAAAAGGAGGAGCACUUCUACAUCCAGACGGAGGAUCGCAGCGGAACAGCAGCUGGCAAUGGACCCAUCAAUGUGACCGCCAAUCCCCUGGAGGCAGCUGCCGUCUGCAAGCAGCCACGUGCCACCAUCGUCGUUCAGCAGCCCUCGUUAAGUCUGGACAAUACAGUCGAGACGCUGCUAAUCAAGAACGAGGGGGACUUCAUCAGCGUGGAGCAGGGCAAGGAGCUGGUGGCUCGCAAGCGCAACUCCCAGCAGCUGGCCCAUCCGCCGACCCACUUGCAUCACCACAACCAGAACCACGCCCACAAUCAUCACAGUCUCCAGCAGCAGCAGCAACAGCAACACAAGCGGGACGAGAACAUGAGGCAGCUGCUGGAUGUGACCAACACGCUCACCAUUGAGGAGCUGCGCGAUUUUGAGAUGCGAUAUGGCUCACCACAUCACAGCCGCUCGCAAUCGGUCAAGAUGCCUGGCAGCAGAGCAUCCGGAAGGCCAAAUCAACUGUGUCUGCCCCAGCAGAGAUCCAGGGUGGCUUCCAUGCCGAAUACAGGAGUAGAGGAGGAGUACUACAGACUGCGUCAUUUCUCGAUCACCGGCAAGGGUGUGGUAAAUCGCGGUGAUUCCCUCAAGAGCCGACGCAGUCGCUCCAACAACAGCGUGGCCAGUUCCAACUCCAGCACGGAGCAUCUGACCACCCAGCAGCAGCUGUCCGCCCCCGCAUCCGUAUCCGCCCGAACUUCGCUGGCUUCCAGCAGGGAGAGCAGCACAUCCAAUCCGGGCAACGGUCCCUACAGGGUCCUGAUGCUGGGAGGUCCUGCGGUGGGCAAGAGUUCGCUCGUCUCGCAGUUCAUGACGUCGGAGUACCUGCACGCCUACGACACCAGCAUCGAUGAUGAGUCCGGCGAGAAGGCCGUUUCAGUAUUACUCAGUGGCGAAGAGUCCGAGCUGAUAUUCAUCGACCAUGGAUACACCGAAAUGACUCCGGAUGAGUGCCUGACCAACUACGAUCCGCACGGUUACUGCGUCAUCUAUUCGGCCGCGGACAGGAGCAGCUUCAGCGUGGCGGAGCAGGUGCUGCAGGUGCUCUGGACCAAUCAGAACAUCGCCCAGAAGGCAGUCAUCCUGGUAUCGAACAAGGCCGACCUGGCCAGGAGUCGACUGGUCACCUCUGAAGAAGGCAAGGCCAUGGCCACCGCCUACGAUUGUAAAUUCAUCGAGACGUCGGUGGGCAUUAAUCACAACGUGGACGAGCUGCUGGUGGGUCUGUUAUCACAGAUACGGCUCAAGCUGGAGAAUCCCGAAAAGUCCAGGGAUCUGUUCCGAAAGCGUUCGAUUCGAAAGUCAAAGAGACGCGCCUGCUCGCCACUGAAUGCCGGAUGCCUGAAUGCCAAUACCCCGCUGGGUCCGCUGGGGGAGGCGGUGGCCACGCCCCCGGGCAGUGCCCAAAGCAGUCCCCGCAAAUACCGUGGAUCAAGGACCUCCACCAGCCUGAAAGUCAAGGGUCUUUUGGGCCGCGUGUGGACUCGAGACUCCAAGUCGAAGAGCUGCGAGAAUCUGCAUGUACUCUAAGCACAGAGAUUAUCCAAAGUGUAACCCACAAGUUUCCUAUAGAGUAUGCAAGAUCCUAAGUUAAAGAAGAAACAGACUCGACUACUACCGGGGGUAUUAUUCCCAACUGUACAUAUUGUGUAUAAUUUUAGCCUUAAUUUACGCUAGUCACUUCCUCCAUUAAUCAUUGUAUAUAGUUUGUCUAAAUAUAAAACUAUUAUUUGUAAUUGGUUUUUUAUGCUUUUCGUUUUCCUCCAAGCAUGAGUUGGGAUAAUUUUGAAAGCUCGUUGCAAUACGGCGACUGCAAUAAAUUAGUUAUAUUCUUGAUUGAAAGAAAUUGAAAUACAAAGGAAUCCAAAUAAAAAAGCAAUAAUUUUUAAAAAGAGAAAAUAAUAUUUUACCCUUGUUCGUCGACGAAUGAAUACCAAUUGUACUGAUUUUUUGAAGAUAUGGCGCUUGGCCGCCGAAUGAAACUUAUUGUUAAUUAUAUACGUGUAGUUAUACAUUUGUAAUGGCAUUGAAUCGCAUUUUAAAAUUGCAUAUAUAAUUCACUUGAAUGUUGAUUGGAUUAAAAGUUCAUAAUUUAAUUGAUCGAUUGCGAACCAGAAAUUAUAUUAACCACAUUGUGCAAUUUUGCUUAAAUAUGGUAGACCUAGGUAUUAUGCCGUAAUUGUUAACCAAAACAUUUUUUUAAAACAAAGAAGCCCAUCGUGCACCCACAAUCCGCACGCCCUAGGUUUCUCAAGUUAGUCGGGACCAUUUCAAAAUUAAUCAAAGAUAACAGAAAUACGCAAGAAACACUAGAUUUACACACAAGGGCUACUUUUAGGUUCAUGUCAGCGUAAUUUUACAUUAAUGCAAUAUGUGAUUUUACACAAGGUCCACUAAAUCAAGAGCCUAAGCAAAACCAUUUUGUUAACGUCUGCAAUGCGACCUGCUGUAUCAAAUAUUGAGGUCGGAUAGAGAAUUUGUAGAUUUUUAACUAUUAAUGUGAACACUAGUAGUGUAGGUCAAAACACACAACCAUUCCAUAACAAUCUAGAUGUCCAUUAAAUGUAUUAUAAAUGUCCAUUAAGUAUUAUAAUCACCAACAAUUGCAGCACAAUGGAAUUUAACGGAUUUGGAACAUUCAAGGAAACCCCAAAAUAAUACGUGCAUCCUAAACAUGUGUGUAAGAUAUCCGAUUAGUUAAAAUAUAUACAUUUAGCUGUAAUUGAUUUUUGUCCAGAACUCUGUGUAUUAUUCUCGCUCAACAUGAAUGAAUAUGAAUUCGAGCCGAAAACUAUAUAGGAAAGUGAUAAAAGCACACUCGAUUUUGCACAGAUUGUCAUACCUUGUAUAAGGACAAGCGAAAGUCAGCCAUAAAUGUAAGAAGCAGCAGAGUGUUGAAAAGUUAUCAAUUGAAUGCAUGUUUUAAUUUUUCCGCUCCGAUAAUAUAUGUCUAAUGAGUGUGUAUUAAAUGUGAAAAGUUCAAUUUAA